AAAAAAACACUAUGCAGGUGGAGGAAACCGCCAACGGCGAAGAUGACGGAAACAGUCGGCGCUUCACCGGCGACGGCAAAGAUGUUCCGGUGGUAUUUCCUGAUUUCUUUAUGUAAUUUCUACCGCCCCUUAAUGGUAUAUCACUACUUAUUGCCUCUUACAGAUCUGAAAACCUCAUAUAAAUAUAAACCACUGUGUAUUGGUUUGAAAAUGACUUAGGCACAAUGACCCUUUCUUCUUUUUCCCCUGUUUUUUUAUGCAGGAAACCGAUUCUAAGCUUAAUUAUUUAUAAGGGUUGGGUUCAAAUACAUAGUCUCCUAAAAUUAUUUUUAAGUUUUGGAUUUUGGAUUUUUAGUUCGCAGAUUUUAGAAUUUUUGUUUCAGAAUAUUCAUUGUGUUUUUAUUUUUAUUUGGCAUUGUGUUUUUUUUUUCCGUCGUUGUGGCUUUUUUUUUGCGAUUUAUCGUGUCUUUUUCUCUUGGCAUUGUGUUAUAUUUUGCAAUCGUCUUUGUAUACUUUCUAGAUUUAAGAGACUGUGUAGGAUAACUCAACCCUUAUUUUUUAGGGGACAGCUCCCACUACUGUACAUACAUUAUGGUUGAUAUGUUGAAAAGUGAUUCAUGAACUAUUUUCUAAACUAUAGUUAUGAACUUAUGAUUUCGUUGGUUCACACUUGCCUAGGCUCAGAGUCACGGUUUUAGCCAUGGAUCAAGGUGUGAACUAUGCAGUCAAUAGCGUGCUAUAGCACUGCUAUUGCGCUUAGCGGACGUACGAACCCAUAGCGGUCCCGCUAUUAGCGGUGCUAAAUCCCGCUAUUGGACCGCUAUUUUGAAACCCAUAUAGCGGUCGUAGCACUGCUUUUAGUGGUUUUUCUUAUUUUGAAACACCGUGUGAACUCUAAUGCCAUGAUAAAGUUGUAAGAAGAGAAUAUUGAGAGAAUUGUAUUUGUAUUCACUUUAUUACAAAGGUAAGCACAUCAGAGAUUGUUUAUAGUCAGCAGAAUAACCACAUCAGUUACUGACUUAUUUGUAACUGCUUAUCUAUUACAAACAAGCCUCUUGGUCAGUGUCAUAACUACUCUUAGUUCUUUAAUCCAAGUUGCAGUUUUACCAGAUUCAUUGGAUAAUAACUGUUUUCAUGGGAUAAUCUUCCUUUUCCAGUGUAGUAUUAUAAUAAAUGCCUAUAGUUCUUUGGAUUACAGUAAUGUUGCAUGCACCUGCUAUAUUUAUCAGAUUAUCUUUUCCAGUGACAGAUUGUUUUAUUCUCAAGAUUUCCAUCCUUGGGAUGUAUCUACUCUGGAUUUUGUAAAUGGGUGUAUUGUUUUUUUGUUGCAGUACAUCUUAUGUGUAGGAUUUAAAUGUUGCAGUUAAAGAUAUUAUAGGUUCUCCAUCUAUUUGCAUUUUUCUAAAUCCACAGUCAAAUGUCGGUAAUACUCUUAAUUUUCAGUUUUUCUAUUUGCAUCUAUUUGAGUGUUGUUGAUGAGUGAAACGAUUUUUAUAAACUUAUUUGUACACUGUAAAUCUGGUUCAGUUGAACCCUUUGGGAGGGUUUGGUUCCAGACCUUUGUAGAAUCUUAAGCAUAGUUAUGAAGAGCUUGCAUAGAGCCAUAGAACAUUUAGCAGAUGGUGAAACUAUUGAAGCAGUGCUUUGGAGUUGGCUGAUGUGUUCAUAGGAGAUCUUGGUUGUCUUGUGAGAUAGGAAGGAGUGUGUGUUUUCUUGUCUUCCUUGCCAAGCUGUACUAUGUUUAGGGGUCCAGACAUGGUGUUACAAAACUUUGACAUAAAUGAAUGAUAAACAACCCAAUAUGUUUUCAGGGAUCGAUGUUUCAGUUAACAUGUAAUUUGUAAUCCUUUGUUCCUUCAUUACAAUACUUUCCCUUUCUCACUCUUUUCGUGUAAAACAGCAACAUGUUGACAAAACCCACUUGAUUGAGGUGACAUAUGUUCCAAAAUCUUAACUUUUGGGUUUAAUCUGAGUCUUUGCCUUAUCUUUACCACAUACAUUCUAUAUUAGCUGCUUUCUUUGUUAAUUUCCUUUUUUCUCAAUGUCAUAACUACUCUUAGUUCUUUAAUCCCAGUUGCCAUACAUUAGUUUGAUUAUAUUCAUUAGAUAAUAACUGUUUUCAUGGGUAAUCAUCUAUUUCCAGUGUAAUUAAAUGCUCUUAGUUCUUUGAAUUACAGUAUAUAGUUACCUAGAUCUUUUCCAGUGACAAAAGUUGUAUUAUUCUCAAGAUUUCCAUUCUUGGGUUGUAUCUACUCUGUAUUAUUCCUUUGUUGUAGUACCUCUUUUGUGCAGGAUUUUAACGUUGCAGUUAAAGAUAUCACAGAUUCGCAGGUUCUACAGAUGUUUGGAUUUUCUAUCUGCAUUUAUCUAAAUGAUUAAUCAAAUAUCUAAGACAGUUUUUUUUUUGUUUACUCGGAUCUUAGCCUUUUUUUCAUUUUUGAUAAGUAACAAUAAAUUAGUUCUGCGACGUCGUUUUUGGAGCUGUACUGCCUAUAUAUAGCCGUUUCUUCUAGGGUUUCCCUUACUUCUUUUAGUGUUAAAGAUAUCCUGAGGGUUUCCGCCGCCACCAAAAUGAGUAACCAUCGAGAUGGUGGAAAUGUCAUUCACAUCAUCGGUGGAAAUGAAGCUGAUAAUCAGGACGGGGGGCGAUCUGGUGCGGCUGUUUCUAACUUGACUUAUGGUGGGAAUGUGGCUGUGGUAAGUGAACCAUCUCAAAUUUCAACGUUUGGGCCUUCUAGCUUUGUGAACGACGGGUCUUACAAAUUCCGACACUGCAAGCAAUUUUACACCGAAGCGGGCUGUCCAUUUGGGGAUAACUGCAUUCAUAUUCACGAUAAGAAUGCGAAAGUCCGAGAAAGUUUGGCAGUAGUUGUGGCUCCCGGAUCUGGUGGUGGGUAUCAGAAUGUGGUAGCAACUGGGAAUGUAGGAGGAUCGGCAGCACCACUGCCGCUAGCAACGCCACCACUAGCACCACUGCCAGCACGACCACCAGCAACGCUACCAUUAGCACGACGGCCACUGGUAGCAAAAACAAUUUCUUCUGGCACUGUGAGGCCGUUGUUUUGGAGAACAAGGCUUUGUAACAGGUGGCAGCAAACUGGUUAUUGCCAAUUUGGAAGCAAUUGCAUUUUUGCUCAUGGGGAAGCAGAACUGCAACGACACGGUGGUGGAGAGGUGCACCAACGGGCCAUUGUUCAAAACCUUCCCGCACGGCCCACACCAUCUGGGCCGUCGGCAGGUCAUGCUGUAACUGCACCUGCUGCUGAUGCAGGUGGUUCUAGGCAGAUGUCAAGUGCAACACAGGGACCCAUUCCAAGCAGGAACGCGUGGAAGGUUCCUAAAAAGAUCAAUGGGAUUUAUGGUGACUGGAUUAAUGACUCCAUGCCAUAGUUUAUGCGGGCUUAUGACUUUUCAUUUCUUUGCCUUUGUUGACUUAAUAAGGUUAAAGCUUUGACUUGAUGCAGAUUGGAUGGUUUUAUUUUGUUUCCUGAAUUUAAAUUUUCGGAUUUGGAGGUUUUAUUUGGUAUGAUGCAUGUUCUUGAAA